AUGUCUAGAACCACCUCCUUAACCAACGAGCUCGUGUACCGUCCAGCGCGUGACCGUCAGACCGGUUAUCGAGUCAACGACUUCGAGGUCUACGCUGACGGCAGCAUGAUCACGCAUUGGCGCACAUGUAAGGGCAAAAGCCCAAACUACGUUCACGAGCGAGAUGUCUCUACUGUAGUAAAAAUCAGCAACGCUAUCAACAACGCGAAUGCGAUGGACCAAAUUAUCUGGGGCAUAAAUCAUCGUGACGACUGCCAUCCUGGUGUCGAGUCCAUCAUCGGCAACUUAGCCUUGGUUGACCUCCUAGUAGUCCGUCACUUCAAGAAGUGGGGCGGUCUCGUUCUAUCACCUCUUCGAGCAGCCCAAGGGCUACAGAACCCCCACGAGGUAGUCGCCGACCAACAGAAGCAGCGAGGACUGACUUGGGCCUCUGGUCGAUCGCUGAUGAAAUACCCCAACUGGCGCGAGACUCACGGUAUGACUCCUCCUCCAGAGUUUCCAGAGCCGAUCGAACCGCUUGUUUUUGCACCGGGUCCUCGUAAUGAGUCCAGUCGGGGACGAGGUGGAUACGGGGGCUGUGGUGGGUUCGAAAGUGGUUACUAG